CUCGACCAAAGCUUCCGGGCCAGCGCGGAGGCACAGAAUGAGAGAGUGAUCGUUUAGGUAUUAUGGAAGGAAGUCACCAGCCAGAAGUUACCAGUCAGAAGAGUUACCAGACAGAAGAGAGCAGCUUGCUGGACAUAUCAUGUACUAUCACUGAAAAAAGUUUUCUGGUGCAUCCCAGCACUGAGAGAAACAGUGAUUGUUCCUGUUCAGUAAAUGCGUUUGUUUCACCAGCAUCCACCAUGGUGGACACGGCAGAUCCUGACAGUACAAUUUUUGAAGAACAUCCCACUGGAGCUAGCAGAAACUUGUUCCCCAAAUCCUGUGAAAAGACAAAGUCCAAUAAUUGUAUGAAUUCAGAGUCCUUCCAAGCUAAUGAGCAUCUCUCAUCUCGGACACCUGAGCAAAAGGACGGAGAGCCCACCAUUAAAAAAUCUUUGGAUAUUUUUUACAGUACCUGUUGUCCAAAGAAGCAAUUUGGUGGCAGCCCAGAAAUUGAAUCAGCUUCACAAUGCGUAUCUGCCAAAAUUGCAGAUUUGGUCAACAGAGAAGGAACGGAAUAUGCACUGCAGAGUCUCAGGGUAGCCCAGAUGGUUUUGAACCGAGAUGGUAAUAAGGUCUUUCCUCAGCAUUCCAGUGGUACCUGCUUUUCAGCUGCUAUGGAAAGUAACGCUAAUGUGGAGAAAGGGGAAAAACUCCCUGGACUUUCAGAUGAUGUCCUUCAGUUUCUCUUAAAACAGAAUGUUACAAAAUGAACAUGGCCUUGACAUUAGUCCAUUUCUAAGCACAGUUUUUCCUGUUUUUUCAUGACAUCUGCUGACAGUGAUUUCUGAUAGAACUAUUAGAUCGCACACAAGGACAAGGAUUCCACCAGAGCAUCAGUUCACCAGGAUGUAUUCCACAUCAGAAACUGCUGUUUUUAUAUAUAUACAUAUAUAUAUUCAUAUUGGUGAUCCUCAUUGCUGCUGUUGUUAGGGAUUGAAGAGUAUGUUUGCCAGUAAGGUGCUGAAUCGUGCAGCUUGUAUGCUUGUAAAAUUGAAUUCUGUAAAGUCAGGUGGUGUCUCCUCAGACUGACUCACCUCUCCAAGAUCUCAAGCGGAGGUUCUUUCCCUGUCUUACUGAGAUCCUUUUAACUGGAAGUUCUGAGGACUGAACCUGGAACCUUCUGCAUGCAGAAUAGUGCUCUGCCACUGAGCUACAGCCCCUCUGCAAAAACCAGUGCAAGGCUUGGGAAAGGAAAAUGUACCAUAUUACUUUAACAAUUUAAUUGUAUCAUAAGGCAGUGAGACCCGUGCCAGCAUGAAGAGAUGUUGGCUCAUUCUGUACGCAGAUUUUCUGUUCCAGAAGCUCAAAAAAAAUUGGGGGGGGGGGGGGGAUGGGAUCAUGUAGGGCAAAAUGUGUAUGGAGAAGGGUGGGCAACAGCCAAGGCAGCAAAACAUUAAAAGCCUUUUGAAGUGUACCUAUUCAGAUCUCCUGCAGAAAUAAAAAUUGUAUUGUUAUGUA